GAGCGGGGAGGUGCCCGAGGGAGCGGAGGCUGCGAUUUCCGCGGGAACCGACCGCCAAUCGGAUUCUCCAGUCUUCCCUGUUCUCCCGCCCCUUCCGGUUCCGUCCUCCGCCUUCUCGAACCGCAUUGGACGACGCAGUUUCCCAGGGAGCGCUACGCGCUUGCGUGCGGCCGGGGCGGAGGGUGGGGGGAGGCCCCUGGCGUCGGCUGGCUGGACGCAUGCGCAGCGGGCGUCGGGAGGCGGGGGUGGGGACGCGGAGGAAGCUUCGGCCUCGGUGGUUUUUUUUCUUUUUUUUUUUUUGGUUUGUGGGCGGUUCGCUCUCAACCCGGGAAAAGCGGGAAAUGGCGGCGGCGCGCGCGGAUUCCCGACCUGCCCUGCAGAAAAAGGGUCUUAUGGCCGCUGACAGGAGGGGCAGGUUACUGGGAGUGUGCGGGAUGCACCCUGAUCAUCAGGAAACUCUGAAAAAGAACAGAGUGGUGCUGGCCAAGCAACUUUUGCUGAGCGAACUGUUGGAACAUCUCCUGGAGAAGGACAUCAUCACUCUGGAAAUGCGGGAGCUCAUUCAGGCCAAAGUGGGCAGUUUCAGCCAGAACGUGGAACUCCUUAACUUACUUCCCAAGAGGGGGCCCCAGGCUUUUGAUGCCUUCUGUGAGGCGCUGAGGGAGACCAAGCAGGGUCACCUGGAAGACCUGUUGCUCACGACCCUCUCUGAUCUUCAGCGUGUACUCCCACCGUUGAGCUGUGACUAUGAUGUGAGCCUCCCUUUCCCAGUGUGUGAGUCCCAUCCCCCUCACAAGCAACUCCGCCUGUCUACAGAUACUGUGGAACACUCCCUAGAUAAUGGAGAUGGUCCGCCCUGCCUUCAGGUGAAGCCUUGUACUCCGGAAUUCUAUCAGAAACACCACCAGCUAGCCUACAGAUUACAAUCUCGGCCCCGUGGCCUGGCACUGGUGCUAAGCAAUGUACACUUCACUGGCGAGAAAGAUCUGGAAUUUCGCUCUGGAGGAGAUGUGGACCACAGUACUUUAGUCACCCUCUUCAAGCAUUUGGGCUUCAGUAUCCGUGUUUUACAUGACCAGACUGCACAGGAAAUGCAAGAGAAACUCCAGAGUUUUGCACAGUUACCUGAACACCGCGUCACAGACUCCUGCAUCGUGGCGCUCCUCUCACAUGGUGUGGAGGGCAGCAUCUACGGUGUGGAUGGCAAAUUGCUCCAGCUCCAAGAGGUUUUCCGGCUCUUUGACAAUGCCAACUGUCCAAGCCUACAGAACAAGCCAAAAAUGUUCUUCAUCCAGGCCUGCCGUGGAGAUGAGACCGACCGUGGGGUUGACCAGCAAGAUGGAAAGAACCAUGGAGGAUCCCCCGGGUGCGAGGAGAGUGAUGCAGGCAAGGAGGAGCUGCUGAAGAUGAGACUGCCCACACGCUCAGACAUGAUAUGUGGCUAUGCCUGCCUCAAAGGGACUGCUGCCAUGCGCAACACCAAACGGGGUUCCUGGUACAUUGAGGCGCUCACUCAGGUGUUCUCUGAGCGGGCUUGUGACAUGCACGUGGCUGACAUGCUGGUUAAGGUGAAUGCCCUUAUAAAGGAGCGUGAAGGCUAUGCCCCUGGCACAGAGUUCCACCGAUGCAAGGAGAUGUCUGAGUACUGUAGCACUCUGUGCCGUCACCUCUACCUGUUCCCAGGACACCCUCCCACGUGAUGCCACCUUCCUGUUAUCCAUGCUGUUGGGAGCCAUUGGACCAGCCAGAGGCACCAUAGAGCCUUUCCUUCAGGAUGAAUGGUUUCUGUUCUGCCCCCUCAGGGAUGUGGGACUCUCCCGGGCUUGUUUCCUGUGCCCAUCAUCUCCACCUUGGUAACUUGACUCCAGGCCAGCCUCUCCUGGGUGGCACUGGCUCCUGGUAGAGCCGGCGACUCUGGCCACACUUGUUUCGGGGAUCGUUUUGUCUGUGGCCUGGCAGGUGAUGUGAACACGAUGUGGUCAUGGAAGAGGGCAUGUGGAUCGCUGGUGUUUGUCGUAUUCUGUUCUUGUGGCUUUUAGGUAGCACUUUUGUUAUUGCUUUCAGUUCAAACACCUCAGAGACCAUCUACUCUUUUCAUGUUCCAGCCCCUUUUGUACCAUGGUGAGAGUGGAAGGUGUCCUUAUUUAACGUAGACAUUUUCAUUUGGCUUGAAGAGGCAAUUGUGACAGCCUCACGCUGCAUCUGUGGGCGCAGGAUGGGGGUCCCUGUGCCUCCCUGUCAGGACUGCAAUGCCAGGAGAAAGACAAGCUUCUCAGAACUUCCUGUGCUCCUUUGAGUUAGUUCCGAGCACGAAGCCUUUCAACAGAGCCUAGGGUCUACAUGCCUUGCAUUUGGAAAUACAAUGAUUUUUCGUGGUUGGUCUUUUCCUGAGCUGUUAGGCUUUCAGGAGUCUCGGCCAAAGGCCAGGAAGAGUGGUGUACACCUCCUUCCACUGUCACCUGUAAUAUGUCUGCUUUUUCCUUCCUGGGAGGUGUCACUUCCCAUGCAGUCAGCUAUGCCUCAUAUCUAGAUGGAUGUGUAAGCUCCCUGUUUCAUCUCAUCCUGUUCACCACUGCCACCAGGUCUGUCUGGCAUACUCCUGCAUUUGAUUUUUUAGCUGCUCGGGGUGUAACAGUACCUUGUUCCUGCCCUCUCCUCCUCUGUCAGACUCUCCUUUAAUUUUGUGGCCAUGGCUCUCUUUCUAUAUUUCUGUUUAAUGCAUAUAUUACUAUACAGAUGUUACUCUUUCAACCGAGAAACUCCCUGUCUCUCUGCCUUUGAAAACUUCCUGUUCUUUAAGGCCUUCUUUUGUAUUUCCAUUCUUGUCUUCCUUUAGUCUGUUUUCCACAUAACACCG